GUUGAUUUUUUUCGGAAAACACCCGAGCUGAAGCGGGGGUUAACGUUAGUGUACCAUGUAGUGUACUCGUCGAGGCUACUUUCCAUGACCAUUUAAAAAAAUAUAUAUUAUAUCUAGACAGAGAUUUAAUUUACUCGGAGGCUGUGUUUACGGCAGGCUAAGGGCACCCACAUCUGCCUAAAGGGGGAAUAACGCUAGCACUCAAAGGAUACGGAAUCGGGCUUUACACACGGCCAUGUGAGGAGGGACUAAGGAAGGCCAAAAUGCUGUCCAGUCCAGAGAAAAGAUGGAGACAGAGGGAGUCAUACAAACCUCUCCUUAUUUGAUCCAAUGUUAAUAAAUUCAACAACUUUGACAUGGUACACAGCUGUGGAGUACAACGGUGGAGAGGAGCUGCCGAAACAUUUGUCACAUUUGUGAAGCUGAAUGAGGAACAAGAGGUGCACACUCUUUGGAUUAUGAAAAAAAAAAAAAAAAAAAAAGAGUAGGCGUGCUCAAUCUGUGCAUGUGACACAGGACUAACUGAGUGAAAAGACAGCAUUAGAUGGAGUGACCACAGACGCGGCUAUGCAAGGUGAUAUCUCUCCAGUGUACAGGUCCUGACAAUCAACACACAGCUGCGAUUCGUGCCAUGUGUGCUCUCAAGGGGAAAAGGUGGUUACUCAGCAGAAGACAAACAAGCAGAUGAUGUAUACCUGAGAGUUCUUAGGGUUUUGGUCUACUCCUGUAGGACGACAAACUGCUUUCCAUUUAUUUAUUUUUUUUUUAUUAAAGGAGAAGGCAGGAAGCAGAAGCUCUGAGCGUUCACCAUGCCUAGGAACCGAGCCUUUUCCGAGCCAGAAUACUCGGCGGAGUAUUCGGCAGACUGCUCGGUGACGCUGCCCUCUGACCCCGGGCAGGCAGUCGGGCGCUCAAACGAGGUCACGGUUCGGAGCUCAGGAUGCUGCCUCUGCCUGCCGCGGUUCAUGCGCCUCACCUUUGCGCCUGACUCUCUGGAGAACCUCUACCAGACCUACUUCAGACGGCAGAGGCACGAAACCCUGCUGGUGCUCGUCGUGUUCGCCGCCCUCUUCGACAGCUACAUCAUCGUCAUGUGUACGGUGGUCUACACCACUGACAAGCUGGCUUCCGUUUUAGUGGCAUCAAUGGGACUGGCGGCAGAUAUUAUCCUCUACUUGCUGUGUCGCUUUGGGCUGCUGCCGGACCGCAUCUCGAGACGGGUGGUGCCCUAUGCCCUGUGGGUGCUCAUAGCAGCUCAGAUAUUCUGCUACCUGGGUCUGAACUAUGCUCGCUUCCACCAGGCCAGUGACACGGUGGGCUGGCAGGCUUUCUUCAGCUUCUCAUUUUUUCUGACUCUUCCUUUGAGGCUAACACCAAUCGUGCUCAUCACUACUGUAUCCUGCGGGGUCCACACCCUGGUUCUGGGCGUCACUAUCGCCCAGCAGCAGCAGGAGGACAUCCAGGGGGCAGCACUUGGUAGACAGCUGCUGGCCAACAUAGUGAUCUAUGUUUGUGCCAUCACUGUGGGCGUCAUGUCGUACUACAUGGCUGACCGGAAGCAUCGGAAGGCCUUUCUGGAGGCGAGACAGUCACUGGAAGUCAAACUCAACCUGGAGGAGCAGAGUCAGCAACAGGAACGUCUGCUACUCUCCAUCCUUCCAAAGCACAUAGCUGAUGAGAUGCUUCAGGACAUGAAGAAGGAGCCCAGUCAGAAAGAGAUGCAGCAGUUCAACACCAUGUACAUGUACAGACACGAAAACGUCAGUAUUUUGUUUGCAGACAUCGUAGGCUUCACACAGCUAUCAUCGUCCUGCAGCGCUCAGGAGCUGGUCAAACUGCUCAAUGAGCUCUUUGCUCGCUUUGACAAACUGGCUGCAAAAUAUCACCAACUGAGGAUCAAGAUCCUGGGAGACUGCUACUACUGUAUCUGUGGGCUGCCGGACUACAGAGAGGACCACGCUGCAUGCUCUAUCAUGAUGGGUCUGGCCAUGGUGGAGGCCAUCUCGUAUGUCCGGGAGAAAACUCAGACAGAUGUUGACAUGCGGGUUGGAGUGCACAGUGGUACAGUCCUGGGGGGAGUGCUGGGUCAGAAACGCUGGCAGUACGACGUCUGGUCCACAGAUGUCACUGUAGCCAACAAAAUGGAGGCUGGAGGGAUACCGGGUCGCGUCCACAUCUCACAGAGCACCAUGGAGUGUCUUCAUGGUGAGUUUGAUGCUGAGCCAGGGAACGGAGGUGACCGCUGUGACUACCUGAGAGAGAGGGGCAUCGAGACCUACCUAGUGGUUGUUCCUAAAGGACCUGUGGGGAAGAAUGGCAUCAAUGGUGUAAAGUUGUCGGUUACCUCUUCCAAUGGAAACUCCCCACUCUUGAUCAACACCACAGAGUGUAACGGCAGUGUUAACACAGCCUGCACCACACCAGAGGAACCUGAAGAACUGGAUACGAGGGUGGUGAAUCCAUCUUUCCCUAACCCUCGGAGAAGGCUGCGACUGCGGGACCUGGCUGAAAGGGUGAUUGAUGCUCAGGAGAAUGAACAGGAGCUCAACAAACUGCUUAACGAGGCUCUGCUGGAGAGAGAGACAGUCCAAGCUCUGAAGGGAAAACACACCAACAGGCUCUCCUUGAGGUUUGUGGAUCCGGACCUGGAGACUCGUUACUCUGUGGAGAAGGAGAAACAGAGCGGAGCUGCCUUCUGCUGCUCCUGUGUGGUCCUGCUCUUUACUGCAGCUAUGGAGGCCCUCAUAGACCCCUGGCUGAUUGCAAACUACAUCACCUUUGUAGUGGGAGAAGUCCUCCUGCUCAUCCUGACAAUCUGUUCUCUGGCCGCCAUCUUCCCUAGAGUCUUUCCCAAGAAGCUGGUGUCUUUCUCCACCUGGAUCGACCACACCCGCUGGGCUCGUAACACCUGGGCCAUGGCUGCCAUCUUCAUCCUCACCAUGGCCGACAUCACGGACAUGCUGAGUUGUCUGCCUCGAGCCCCAGACUCAGUCAGCACCACAGUGGCUCCCUCCUCCUCCUCCUCCUCCUCCUCCUCCUCUUCUUCCUCCUCCUGGUCUGGCCCUGACGGUUGCCUGGACAACCCUAAAUAUUACAGCUACAUCGCUGUGCUGGCACUGAUGGCCACCACCAUGCUGGUUCAGGUCAGUCACAUGGUCAAGCUCACACUGAUGCUGCUCAUUACAGUGGCCACCGGCAUUGUUAACAUCUACAGCUGGAGGGACAUCUUCGACCGCUAUGACAUGGCCCGCUUCCAGGACUACAGUUCAUACCUGGUGCCCUCCAAGUUCACAAUGACAAUUAUGAUCUUCAUUAUGAUGGUCAGCUUCUAUUAUUUCUCCCGACAUGUGGAGAAGCUCGCCCGCACCCUUUUCCUGUGGAAGAUUGAGGUCCAUGAGCAGAAGGAGAAAGUGUAUGAGAUGAGGCGCUGGAAUGAAGCACUGGUGACCAACAUGCUACCUGAACAUGUUGCUCGACACUUCCUGGGCUCCAAGAAAAGGGAUGAGGAGUUGUACAGCCAGUCCUACGAUGAGAUUGGAGUCAUGUUUGCCUCAAUUCCCAACUUCUCUGACUUCUACACAGAGGAGAGCAUCAAUAAUGGAGGGAUUGAAUGCUUACGGUUCCUUAAUGAGAUCAUCUCAGACUUUGACAGUCUGCUGGAUGAGCCUCAGUUCCGCUGCAUCACCAAAAUCAAGACCAUCGGCAGUACCUACAUGGCAGCAUCAGGUGUCACCCCAGACGUCAGCAACGGCUAUAGCUGCGUGAAGAAGGAGGAGCAGUCUGACAGAGAGCGCUGGCAGCACCUGGCAGACCUGGCAGACUUUGCUCUGGCCAUGAAGGUCACGCUCAUGAACAUCAACUACCAGUCAUUCAACAACUUCAUGCUACGCAUUGGUCUGAAUAAGGGUGGAGUGUUAGCAGGAGUGAUUGGUGCCCGAAAACCCCACUACGAUAUCUGGGGCAACACUGUGAACGUGGCCAGUCGCAUGGAGUCCACAGGGGUUAUGGGAAACAUUCAGGUAGUGGAGGACUGCUACAACAUCCUAAAGGAGUACGGCUUCCGCUUCGUGAGAAGGGGGCCCAUCUUUGUGAAGGGGAAAGGGGAACUGCUCACUUAUUUUCUGAAGGGAAGAGACAAACAAGGCUCAUUUAUCAACGGCUCCUCUGUCACCCUGCCACAUCAGGUGGUGGACAGCUAAGGUCCACACACACACACACACACACCCCAGCAAUCGCAGUUAGUGUGCGAUAAUUGCAGAGCGAGGCAGAGGAGAGAGUUUUUGGAAUAAGAAGUCAUUUGUCUAAAAACGGUCCGACACCUGUACUAAAUGUAAGUCACAUUUGAAUACCACUGACACACUUCAUACACACCUGUGACAACACACCACUCAUUACUCAUUACUGCCUGUGGAAAGAUAUAUGGGCCAGUAGAGAUUGUAUUUAAAUUUGUCAUGUUCAAGUUGAACAACAGACCUUAAAGCAUUAAUAACUAGAUCAAUUAAUAAAUUAACGGAAACGAUUAGAAAUUGACAUGAUCUAGAUACAGACUCUAUGUAAGAUUAAAACAUUACAAAUAAAAAAUAAUAAGACUACAUGAAGGCAAGUCUAGAUAGGCCGGCAGCAGAAAAUCCAAGGUCAAGUGUCCACAUUUCUUUCAUUUAUGGCAGCUGUAAAAAAAAAAAGAAAUUGUAAUUGCUUGCAAUGCUGAAAUUCUUCAAAAUCAAUCCUGGAUUUUGCCCCCAUCCAAAUGUAUUAGAGGUGAAUGUUAUUCCAUUAGUAACUGGAGUGUAGAUUAAGCUGGAGAACCUUAGAAUGUUUUCAUAUUCUCGUGUAACAAAACAAAAGUGAUAUGGACCAGCUUCUCCAACGUUCUCCCCCACACUGACAGUGUCUACUAUGAAUGAAAACAGCCUCCAUGUCGACUGAUGCUGCAGAUCUGUCAGACCUUCGUACACAAACACAGUAGCCUCUUCUGAAGGGCAAAUCAGAAAAAGUGGAAUCGGUUUCAGCAGCUAGAUAUCAAACCAGGGACGUUGUGGUUCUGUGGUAUGCACUUUAACCCUUCAGCUAUCAAAGCACCCCGUACUAAAGACCAGUGUGUAGGAUUUAGGGGCAUGUAUUGGCAGAAAUGGAAUAUAAUACUAUGUUUUCAUUAGUGUAAUCGCCUAUAACUAAGUGGUGGUGGUAACCCGUGGGGUUUUCGUUAGCUUAAAAUGAGCCAUUCCUAUCUACAUGGGGAACGGGUCUUUCCCACAGUGCCGCCAUGUUUCCUCAGUAACUGGGGAGAUAUGUGUAGUUGGUACUCCAGUAACUAGGCUGGCAAGGCUAUUUUAUUCACUUUAUACGUCGGAAGAAGUGAUUCUUUUCUCCAAUCAGAUGAUGUUGAGUCAUUAAUAUAUUGGUCAUGACAAAAAGGAUGUAUUUUUCCAUAAUGUCUUCUAUGUUAUCGAUUAUAACAUUACCUAAGUUCUUUUGGUAUUUUGCUUUGGUAAUAGCUUGUUGGAUAGUAAGUCCCCCACUAUAACGAACACGCCAAAAAGCCCGUGUGAACUGAUAUUAGGCUAAUAUUGUAGAUCUACUGUUAUGUUGGGUUGAGUAGUGUUGAGUUGUUGUGUCAGAAGUCCUCCGUUUUGGCGCACUGAAAAAUGAUCUUAUGUCGGUUCUAAUUUUCUUUUUUAAGAUUAUUUUUUGGGGCAUUUUAGGCCUUUAUUGUACUGGACAGGUGGAGAUGUUAAAGGGGAGAGAGAGGGGGAAUGACGUGCAGCAAAGGGCCGCAGGUCGGACUUGACAAGGACUGAUCCUUUGUACAUGUUUAAAUAUGAGGUUCAUAGCUUUACCACGCGGUCAUAUUAUAAAUGUUGUUUUGAAUUCAACCUUUCAGCAUGAAAAUGACCAAUUCAGACUAAUGUGAUUUAAUUAAAACACAAUGAUGGGCUGUAUCUCUUUCCACAAACCUCUCUGGGAUAAAAAAAUAGAACAUGCACACACACACACACACACACACACACGCACACAGCAGUUUUGCAAACACACCAGUUUUGAUGCAUUUGCUCAGCAUAGUAACACUACACUUUGGAUUCCAAAUUUCUGGACCGCUCCCCAUUAACAAAAUACUUCCAUGUACGGAAACCUGACAGACUGAUCGGAGCUUAGGUUUCCUGUCUCUGAUGAGGAAGAGGAUUUGGAAGUGGACCAAUGAGAGGCCAGAGUGUGACGAUGCCGACUGAACUGCCACCUGCUGCUGCCAUUGUGUGGUGGCGGGUGUGUAUAAUAGUGUGCGCACAUAAUGUAUUUUUCCACAGUCAAAGUAUUUUUUUUCUCUUUGAUUCUGAUUUGGGAACAGGUCAGAUCUACCGUGCUCUCCUCUCUGCUCCUGGACCUCGUACAGCACAUUACACGGCUGGCAUUUGGACAUUUUUUUGUGCCUCGGAGCUGUGUUGGGACAUAAUGGAGAACAGAGACGUGUGUACUGUGUGGUUUUAGGAGAGGGACAGGUGACGGUGUCCAGAGGGUAGCACACAUGGCAGAAGUAUUUUUCAAACUGAUUGUGGAUCGAUGGAAGUGCCUACCACAGCUGUGAUCACCAUGUUUUAAUGUAGUUGAAGGAUUUCGUGGCCCUCUGCGUGCAUGGGGAAAUAUUUGAGUCCUUUCGCAAUGCUGUGAAAGGAUAAUUCCAGUUUAUUUCAACUUGCUCUGGUCACACAUUUUAUCAGUUAUAAUAACAUUGUGCAAUGAAUAGCUCCAAGGGGUCAAGAAACCCUAGCAGUCAGAGGUGCAGAGGGUUUGGAAACAAACCAAAAGGUUAGUCAAACAGAAAAAGAAGGCAAACGGUAAAAUGGUUACCCAAACGCUCUAUUGUAAACAUCCAUCAUAGUUUUCAGACCCCCUGCUUCAACUUUGACCUACUGUGCCUGCUGUGCACAGUUUGCUUGGAAUUAUUGUCAACCUUUUUAAGGUGUGCUCACUUUCCGUUUAAUUUCCAAAUAAAAGAAAUUCGAUAAUCUGAUUUAAAGUGAUGGUUUGUAUCCAGCCUGUCUGAAUGUCUGACCGCUCGUGUUUCUUGACCCUCUUUGAUCUUCUUAGAUCUAGUUCAGUGAUGUCACCGUGACAUUUGUCUCGACAAUGAACUCGGUGAGUGAAAUGUAAGAAAAGCCAAAAGGGACACAAUCUGUUAUAAACUUGAAUUUGCCUUUUAACUGCACGGCAGUCAUGUGGAAAAAGAAGGCCGUAACAGAAUACGUUUAAAUAAAUUGAGAAAGCAUUAUAUUUUAUGAUGUCAAAUGACAAUGGCAACACAAAGUUCAAAUACAUGGCAUUGAACUUGUUGCAGCUUUGGAACCCUAUUUCCUCCUGGUAUCAACAUCCAGUAUGUAUCUGGAUAAUGGUAUCUGAUAAUGAGGCCUUUGCAUUUACACCUGGGAUUAAUAAACAUUCUCACUAUCUCAAUCUUUGCUUGCGCUGAGGUCGAACCUCAACACACAAUUUAGGUGGGUGAGCCAGCUGACUUUCCGUGGCAUGUCCCACUUUUGCUUUGACACCGCUCCUACCACAGUGCUAUUAAGCAAUGGUUUUCACCUUGCUUCAUGGACAAGUGUCAUCCAUGGCAGCAUGGAGCCUAAACCUAGCUUCAUCAUCCUCCCGUCUCGUGCCCUUCCGCCUGGUGCUGUCCCCGAGCUUCUGCUUUUCAAAAUAAAAGCUCAUGUCUGGUCCGCUAUGUCUUCGUACUAUGGAGUUUUUGGGUGCUUUUGAACUAAACAGUACAGCAAUUAUGCUAAUGAAUGAAUACUUUAAAAGAUAUGUCUAAAAGAUAAAGAUAAAUACAGACUAUAAUGCUAUUGAAUACAAUACUUCAAAAUAUGUCAAACUAAAAGACAAACUAAAUACCCAUUCUAUGGCUGAAGCCUGGAGCCUCCCAACUCAUGCCCUCUCGCCUGGUGUCUGGUGCCAUAAUAGCUACUUCAUAUGAAUUUCCUGGCCAUAUACUAGCUAAAUCUGUCGAUAGAAAAAUAAAAAAUUCAGUAGAUGUCUCCGUUACAACACGAUUGAGCUAGCAAAGCAGUUUUGCGUUUAUAUGUGCAGGAUUUAUUCACACACAAGCUCUACAAAGCUAACGUUAGCUCAAGUUGGCUGGUUGAAUAAACAGGGAGGGACAAGAAUGUUUUUUUUAUUUUGAGAGUGAAUUGCUCCACAAUAUGAAUACAGUUGGACUAUCACUUUUAUUUAGUUGGUAAUCAUUGUUGUAUAAUCUUAAUAUUACACUCGAGGGUACACUUCAGUGAUGCUUGUAGACCUCCUUAAAUCAAACCCUCUCGUGUAAUAUGGCUUAACCAAAGAUCAACGUUAAACGCUGAUGCAGUUUUAAAUGGUCCUUUCUGGUUCUUGGUUUUUAUGAUUUCACAAAAAUGGAGGUUAACCCUUUUUUUUAUUAUACUUUUUUUUUCUUGCCAAAUUUCAUAUCCAUAAAUGCAGGUUUAGAAAUUCUAAACCUUCCUUUGUUGCAUUUAAAAACAAGCUUGACCAUUAUUUUUAGAUAAAUUCUAAAGGCAUGAAAACAGUCUAGUUUUACUCUUCUGUGGUCUCAUAAUAUUGUAGAACUGUAAAUAUGUAUUAUUCAUAGUGUUGUGGGUGGCUUCAUUGUUGAGCUAUAUGUUUUUGCCCUGGCGUACGUUUUUAGGUUACGUUUGUACUUUGUUUUUACUGUGGUGAAUUUGCAAAUAAAGCAUUAAAAAAAAGGGUAAAGUCAUCGCAGGUUUCAUCAAAUAAAAAAUAUAAGUCAUCAGGGAUACAACAGUAAAAUCCAGAAAACUGUAUGUAUGGCUAAAAUCGUUAAUUCAAGAGUUUAAAUUGUUAAUUUAUCUAUAAAAAAAAAAAGUUUAAAUGGUUUUCAAUUAAUUGCAACAAACAUGCUCACUGAUUUAACCGUGACUCCAUCUAGAAUAUAAUUUGUGAUUUUUUUUUUUUUGAAUUUACCGUUGGACACGCCCAGGCAUGAGACGGGAGAUCAUGAGACGGGAGGCUCAGGCUGCAGCCAUGCCUGACUCCCUCGCGCCAGGAAUACCGCAGCGGCCAUAAACCUAGCUUUAGGUGACCUUUCAACUUGCUUUGGGAUUUUUUUUUCUCUACAGAAUGAGGUCAUAAUACAGUAUAUAGGCCUUGUUUACACAUGACUAAGAGAUCUGAUCAAAAUGUGAGCAAGACCACCUCCAGAUGUGGAUUCUACAUUUAUGUUAGUUACAUCUGCAUUAACAUGUUGACUCCCUGAUCCAGAUAAGGUAUCCGCAUACAGACCUCAUGUUAAUACCAGGUGAAAAUGGGGUCUCACUUUUCUAGUGAAUUCUGGCCUAAAGUUGGCUACCAUCUGUGUCUUGUUUGUCUGCUUGCUUGGUCGUGCACAGCCACAAAUUUCAAAAUUGACACGGACGCAUAUGCUAAUGUGUUUAAACGUGCAGUUAGCAGGUGUGGUCGAAUAAAGUUUUUGAUACACGGGGAACUCUAUAAGAAGUACUGUACGCCCGGCACCUUAAAGACCUGGGCAGGUGAAAAAAUUGACAUCACUCGAAUCUGUGUGGCUAUGUGGGCACAUACAGCCUAAUUUACCCUCUUACAGCUUCAGGAGGUCUUACUAACUGAGUCAUCUUGCUCCCUCUACCCAUGGUGGAAGUAAGGUGGAAACGCUCGAUGCCUAAAUCAACAUGGUAAAUCAAGGCACACUAGAAAAGUGUGUCAAGGGUCACUUGAAGCUAAGAAAACAAAAAAUUGACCUAAUUAUAUGACAUUUUGGACCAGUUAAAGGCAAAUUGUAUAUUGGGAGGAGGUGCUCAAGGCUAUCAAUAGGUCUGAAUAGCCAGUCUGUGCACAUGCAAGGGUUGAAGCCCAUCAGGGGGCUUCUUUUUAAUUACAAACAUAAUUUUGCUUUGAAUUUGAUUGAAUUUGGGGUAAACCUCUGACAUUCGCCCCAAAGUUUGUAUUUCAAAUGUACAAGGCUUUUGACAUGAGAGCAGUGACAUGCAGGAGAAUGAGCACACCCACCUGGCAGGAAGCAGAUGUACUGUAUGCGUGUUUUAGGGAUAAAUAUAUGUACAGUAUACUGCUCUUUUCCUCUUUUUAAAGACCAUUAACAUCUGUAGAAUGGGAUGAAUGUGCAAUAGUUUCUUCUUCUACAAACCUGACGCUCAUUCCUUCCACCUUUAAUUCACAUUUGUAUCAUGUAAUGUACAAGCUUUGUUCUAUUUAAAGAAAGGGAACGAGUACUGAAUGUGUCCUAGUUGUACAUAGAGUUCAGACAGUGUUUAUUAGUCACAUUUAUUUAUUGGAAAUUACAGGGACAUUUCUUUUUUUCUUACACAGUUGUGAAAGUGCCAAUAAUAAAGGAAUAGCUUUAAAUUAAACCAUGGCUGUUCACGUAUUUGUAUUUUAAAAGAAUCUCAGGCUUGGGAACUAAAUUUGAAUAAUGUGUCAUGUUUUCAGGUCUAGGUCGCAACAGAAUUUUUUUGUGCUUAGCAAAACACAAGAGCACAGAAAUGCCAUCUGGAGAGCCCACACCACUAGGGCCAUGCUAAUGGCAUCAAAAGGAAACAACAUGAUUAAAUCUUGUGGUUGUAGUUGUUACCAUUUGCUUUUGUCAGAAUUUGAUUCAGAACUCUGCUUACUCUUCACAGAUUUUGUGAUUUGAUAUAGUGUAGAUCCCAAUUAUGGUUUUUAAGUUGUUACAAUUUCUCAUUCAGUGUACCCUCUUUCAUUUUAGUUGUCAUUAUAAGGUGAGUUGAUUAAAAAUAAUUCAAUAAA